AUGGCCUCUUGCACCAGAAGCACACACCCUGUGCCACGGCACUACUCUUUCGGGCUUUGGCUUACGAGCAUUCUUUUGUUCACGGCGGCAACAACGCCGACGACGAAGGGGUGCGUAGAGGGCGAGAGGGACGCCCUCCUCGACUUCAAAACCGGCAUCGUCAAGGAUCCUUCUAGCAGUUUGUCAUCAUGGCGAGGCCGAGUAGACUGCUGCAGAUGGAGCGGGGUGGUCUGUGACAGCACAACCGGCCAUGUCGUGGAGCUCAACCUCCAGAAUUCAUACUCGUAUAACCCUGAGACGUCUAUCGGAGGUGAUAUCAGACCAUCCUUGCUCCUGCUAACUCAUUUGGAGCGUCUCGACCUCAGCCGCAAUGACUUAUCGACCGAUAGCCUGCACUGGCUCUCGCGUCUCACUUCCUUGAGAUACCUCGACAUGAGCUUUGUGAACCUUUCCAUGGCCUCCCACGAUUGGCUUCACUCAGUGAACAUGUUGUCCUCACUGGAGGAGCUAUAUUUACAAGACUGUGGCCUCACCGACCUCCCCCCUUCUCUUUCCCAUGUCAACCUCACGACGUUGACCACUCUCGAUCUCAAUGGCAACCUCUUCAACUCCACCAUCCCCAACUGGCUAUGGAAACUCCACAACCUCUUUUUUCUUGAUCUCGGUUUUUCUAUGUUUCAUGGUGCCAUACCCGCUGGGAUUGGAAAUUUGGCCGAUCUAAGAGAACUUCGUCUUAGCGAUAAUUCACUUUCAGGUCCCAGUCGUUUGCCCAGAGCAAACCCUCUUCUCGCUUCCCGACUGGAGUCCACCACGGAGAGCACGCCCUCUUCAUUCACAUGGGAUGCCGGGUGGAGACGAAGGGACCUGUCAUUUCACAAGAGGAUCCAUUGGCAAACGCGGAGAGCAAUGGUUCAACCUACCACAUUCUAUAUAUUAUAUUCAUAUAUACAUGUUCUGCGCUGUGCCGCCUGCAACCAACUGGUCAUUCGUACACCAAAGAGCAUGGGCGACACGAGAAGCCCAUCCCAUGCGUCGCUGAGCUGCUCUUGCCUAAUGAGCGUUCUGUUCUUGACGCUUGUGACGACGACGAGGGGGUGCAUGGAGGCGGAGAGGGACGCCCUCCUCGCCUUCAAAGCCGGCAUCCUCGACCCAUCCCGCCGCUUGUCCUCGUGGCGUUUCCCGGUGGACUGCUGCAGAUGGAGCGGCGUGGUGUGCGACAACACCACGGGCCACGUCGUGCAGCUCAACCUCAAGAAUGCGGAGGCUUACUACGACAAUUCGGCGGUGUUGGGGGGUGAGAUCGGUCCAUCUUUGCUUUCUCUAACUCAUUUGCGUCGCUUGAAUCUCACUCAGAACGACUUCGGCGGCGCCCGAAUCCCCAAGUUCUUGGGUUCUUUUGGGAGACUCAGAUAUCUGGAUCUCUCUUUUUCCAAUUUCGGCGGAGCCAUUCCUCCCCAGCUGGGUAACCUGUCAACCCUCCGCUAUCUGAGCCUGUCUUCGUACAACUUGAGGAUCGACGCGGGGGACGACCUACAGUGGCUCUCGCGUCUAUCUUCUCUAACAUUCCUCCAAAUGAACUUUGUGAACCUCAGCACGGCCUCUCCCGAUUGGCUACGAGCCGUGAACCAGCUGCCCUCCCUGCAACAACUCUAUCUGUCAGGCUGUGGUCUCACUGCCCUCCCCGACUCUCUUUCCCGCGUCAACCUCACGGCUCUCACCACCCUCGAUCUCCGUGGCAACUUCUUCAACUCCACCUUUCCCAGCUGGCUUUUUGAACUCCGUAGCCUCUCCUAUCUCGCGAUCAGCAAUUCUGAAUUGUAUGGCACCGUACCUGCCGGGUUUGGGAACUUGACUCGUCUCGCGCAGCUCGACCUUAGCGGCAACUCGCUUUCCGGUUCCAUACCUGUCGAUCUCUGGAGUUUGGCCAGUCUAACCACACUUGAUCUCAGCCAUAAUUCAUUUACGAGUCCCCUUCUACCUGAAAUCGGGAACACGACAAGUCUGUCGCAGCUAAACCUCGUUCAGUGCUUCCUCGUUGGUUCCAUCCCUGCCGAGAUUGGGCGCUUGACCAGUCUUACGGAAUUACGCCUCAGCGGCAAUUCACUUUCGGGUCGAAUCCCCGCCGAGAUUGGGAAUCUGUCCAGCGUAACGCAGCUAGACUUGGGUCAUAAUUCACUCUCCGGACUGAUACCGGUUGAGAUCGGCAAGCUUUCCGACCUAUCCUCCCUUGAUCUCUCCGAUAACUCCCUGGAGGGCACCAUGUCCGAACUCCAUUUCGUGAACCUAACCGAGUUGGUCGUCCUGUACGCGUACGCCAACCCUUUGACCAUCCGAUUCGACCACGACUGGGUGCCUCCUUUUCAACUUCAAUCCAUCAAAGUUGAUACCUGUGACUUGGGUCCCGCGUUUCCAAGGUGGCUCCGUUCUCAGGAGUUCCUGACUGAUAUUGAUCUGUCCAACACAAGCAUCGAAGAUACACUGCCUGAUUGGUUUUGGAAUUCUUCUUCUUCCACCAUUAUGGACAUAAAUCUGUCCCACAAUAAGAUCGGUAGAGUUUUGCCGGCAUCCUUGGAGAGUAUGGCUACCUUGAUGCUCUUGAAUUUGAGCUCCAAUCUCCUUCGAGGUCGCAUUCCUGUUUUGCCACCAAACCUACAAGCGCUCGACUUGUCCAGCAACUCUUUGUCGGGAUCGCUACCCUCGACCAUCUCAUCACAGUUGGGCUACCUGUUCCUCUCCCACAACUAUCUUCAUGGAAGCAUACCGUCGUCCUACGUCUGCGACCUGCAGCAACUUUAUGCCCUUGAUCUAUCCAACAAUCAAAUAUCAGGAGAAAUCCCGCGUUGUCGGCCGGAGGGAUCACAACUUUUGUUUGUCAAUCUGGCGAACAACAAGCUACGAGGAAAGAUUCCUGACUCCAUCGGAAACUUGGGCAACCUUCAGUUCCUUCACUUAAACAACAACAGCCUCUUCGGACGUAUUCCUUCGUCGCUGAAAAAUUGCAGUCGGCUGGCUGUCAUUGAUCUCGGCAACAACAAAUUCUCGGGAAGUAUUCCAGCGUGGAUCGGACAAAGUUUACGGAAUCUGCAAGUACUCCUACUGCGCUCAAAUAUGUUUUCGGGCCAUAUUCCUCUGCAACUUGGACGAUCUAGUAAUCUUCAAAUCAUCGAUCUCUCCAACAACAGACUAUCGGGAUCGGUACCGCACUCUUUCGGCAACUUCAGCGCGAUGAUCUCCGCGUCAAAGUCGAUGGCUUCUACGGUUUCGAACAUUAUGAAUUUUGUGUUAUCCUCUUUCGUGGCAAGCGAGAGUAUAUCUCUGGUUACCAAGGGCGAUGAGUUCAGCUUCUCCACCAUUCUACGAUUUGUGAAGAGCAUAGAUCUUUCGAACAAUGAUCUGAGCGGAGUGAUUCCUCCGGAAAUCGGUUCUCUUUUUGCGCUUCAAACAUUGAAUUUGUCGAGAAAUAGUUUUGAAGGCAUGAUUCCGAAAACAAUGGGCGAUAUGAAGUCAUUGGAAACUCUGGACCUAUCAUUCAAUAAGAUAUCCGGAGUCAUUCCUCAAAGCUUUUCGACGCUGAAUUCUCUGAGCCACUUGAAUCUGUCUUACAACAAUCUAUCGGGGGCGAUUCCAUCGGGGAAUCAACUUCAGACGCUGAAUGAUGCAUCCAUUUAUAUCGGAAAUGUCCAUCUCUGUGGGCCUCCGGUGACCAAGAGUUGCUCCGACGAUCCCAACGUCGAUUCGACGGAAGAGGAGUACGAACAAGGAUCUCAUGUGCUGUCAUUUUACUUUGGUACCGGGCUCGGAUAUUUGGUCGGCUUAUGGAGUGUGUUCGUGGUCAUGCUGUUCAAGAAAGAUUGGAGGCUCUUCUAUUUUGCAACGGUGGACAAGAUGUACGACAAAGCGUAUGUGGCAGUCAAGAUAAGAAUGCGAAUUUGA